AUGAGCUUUCUUCCUGUCUUUUCUUUAGAAACAUGGAUUCUACUAAUCACGCUGAUCUACAUAUUUAUAAUGUAUGGCCAAUGGACUUUUGAAGUAUUUGAAAAGUUAGGGAUCCCAGGUCCUAAGCCUGUAAUUUACAUGGGAACAGUCAACAAGCAGAAUAACGUUUACUAUACAGGGGACUGUGAAAAUGCUCAGAAGUAUGGAAGAAUAUGGGGUGGGUAUGAGUUUAGGAAACCUGUGCUAGCUGUAGCAGAUCCCGACAUGCUGAGAACCAUCGUGGUGAAGGAGUUCUUUACCUAUUUUACCAACAGAAGGAUGAGAACACACAAGAUUUAUACUGAAUGGAACACAAGACAGAAUAUUCUACUAUCACUGGUAUUCACUCACAGGAUAUCCUUGAUUCUAGCAGUGUUCGUCAGGUGUCCAACAAUUUUAUUUUUCUCUUUAUCUAUUUUAUUUACCACUUCCCAGAAGUCAGAAGAUGUUCUUCAGUAUAUGAUCGACAGUCAGGCAACCAGUGAACGGAUGAAAGAAAAACAUAAGGAGGGUAAUUACAUGAUUCUAACUGAUCAUGAGGUUGUUUCCCAUGUGACAAUAUUUAUGUUUGCUGGAUGCAAGACUUUCUUAGCCUACAAUCUGGCAAGAAAUCCAGAAGUCAUGAAAUGUCUGCAACAGGAGAUAGAUUCUACUUUUAUGAAAAAGGGUCCGGUCCAGUAUGAAGCUCUGAUGCAGAUGGAGUACCUCAACAGUGUGGUUAGCGAUAGUAUGAGGCUCUACCCCCUAGCUGCACAUCUGGAACGAAACGCUAAAGAAAUUGUCAAGAUAAAUGGAAUCACAAUCCCAAAGGGCAUGGCUGUGAUGAUUCCCAGCUACGCUUUGCACCAUGACCCUGAGGUGUGGCCAGAGCCAGAGGAUAUCAGCCCUGACAGAUUUAGUAAAAAGAACAAACAGAACAUCAGCCCAUACACUUACCUUUCAUUCGGCGCUGGGCCGAGGAACUGCUUGGGGAUGGAUGUGAUUUGCUCACCUGUUCCCAAUCACACCUCCAGAUUUGACACUGUGGACACACCUACUUCCACUGCUACUCCUCCUUCUCCUUCUCCGUCUCCUACAUGUCUCCACAGCUGCAGCCUCUUCCCUUCUAGCACCUGUAUUCAGAGUGCUGUGGCAGCGGCAGCAGGUGAGAGCAAUCUGGGGCAUCAGCUGAAGCAGGAACAGGUGUGCCGGAGACAAUCAGUCAUCCACCUCCUCUCCAUAUAUUCAGACGCCAGUCACCACUUGGAUGCCGGAUUUUGGAACCUCAUCUGCCCUUUUGGACUCAUCAACCACAGUGUUUCCAAGCAGACACCGGGAUCCUCUCAGCCAACUCUCCAUCUUCAGUCAGGACUCCAUUCUGCCGUCGCUGCCUCUACCAUCAACCUCAGCCCGUUAACCCCCUAG